AGUGAAACUCCUGCCUUUCACCUGUGACAAUCGCAGUCUGCGGGAGAGCAACAAAUGGCCACACCGCAUCCAUCUCAGGAGCCCGUGACCUUUGCAGAGGUGGCCGUGUAUUUCAGCAGGGAGCAGUGGGCGCUGCUGGACCCUGCGCAGCGAGCGCUGUACCGGGACGUGAUGCUGGAGACGUACGCGUGCGUGGCCUCGCUGGCCCCCAAACCUAUGGUGGUCUCCCUGCUUGAAGGAGAGGAAGACCCCUGGGACCCAGAUGUGCAUGUCCUGGAGGACAUGGCAGGAGAUCUCAGCCCAGGUGAGAUGGUGGGGGACAGGAGGAGGUUGGGCUGACAAGAACCAUCUUUG